AUGAAGCCACCCGCAUCGCUACCGCCAAAGCGAAAAGUGAAGCCCACAAAUCACUACUUCGCUCAGUACGCAACGCCGCCUCACAACCGCAUCCAACGUGUCCUCGGUGUCAACGGACAUUCCGGGCUCGAAUCGGACUUGUUGGACACCUUCGGAUUAACUGUGCCUCUCGAACGGCACCAACCCCCCGCCGGCCUCUUACUCCUCCUCUCCGCCGCCAACUAA